UAAUAGAUAAAACAAAAUAGAUAAACAAAAUGUCAGAAUAUCAAAAUGUGCCUGGUGCUGGUGAUGACUUAAAUACCGAAUCGGUGGAGGUGUUACGUGAACGCCUGAAUACCAUGAAACGUUUAAUGGCCGAGCGGACAGCCCAACAGCAGGAUAAUCCGGCCAGUACCGAAGAAAUUUGGUCCACACGGCGACACACAUCGACGGGUAUUAUUGAUGGCAACUUUUUGAGUAUGGCCUUUGGUGGAGCGCUGCUGGUAAUUGUGUCCGUAUCGGUAUAUGCUUUUUAUAAUCUCUAUCAUGCCAUAUUAAAGAAAUUCCCCUCAAAACAUGAAGAGUUGUAGAGUGAA